AUGAACAUGAACCGUCAGCAUGUUACCUUACUCGUAAUUUUGAAUCUGAGCGCUGCAUUUGACACUGUCGGCCAUCAUAUAAUGCUCGAACGACCGAAAUCCAGUUUUGGCAUCCAAGACCAAGUACAAAAAUGGUUUAUCUCCUAUCUUUCUAACCGUUCGCAAGUAAUCUCUGUAAUGGUGGUACAUCUAAGCGUUUUGAACUCAAAAAUGGCGUACCUCAAGGAUCGUGUCUUGGCCCACUUCUGUUUGUUUUAUACGUGUCCAAAUUAUUCCAGAUUUUGGAAAGUCACUUACCUGAUGCCCAUGCUUUCGCCGAUGACAAUCAACUGUACGUUUCAUUCCAACCAGAUUCAAUGUCUGGACAACUGUCUGCGGUUACUGUCAUGGAAAAUUGUAUUGAUGAUAUUAAAACAUGGAUGCUAAAUGAUAAACUCAAACUUAACGACGGUAAGACUGAUUUUUUUAUUAUUGGUACACGACAGCAGCUCGAAAAAGUCAUGUAUUGGUGAUUCUUAUUUCGCAGCGUCUAGUGAAGCUAAAGAUCUAGGAUUUUGGCUUGCUUCCCAAAUGAAAUGUGAUACCAAUGUGAAUUCAUCAUCGUAUUUUAUAUUGAUGAUUGAAUCGUUGCACCAAAUAUCUCCAUGCUAUGAUUUCCUAGGGGUGGAUUGGGGACUGUUAGCGUAA